GGGAUUCUCUGCGGCUGCCAGUGUUCGAGUGGGGAAUGCGCUUGGUGCAGGAAACAUAGAACAGGUCAAGUUAUCAUCCAAACUCCCCAUCAUCUGUGCAUUGUGCUCCACAGUGGCAGACCACCAUGGCUCUGAACAUUCCCGGUGUGGUUGCGGUGCUGUUCUUCUACAUCAUUAUUCUGGGCACAGGGAUGUGGGCCGCCCGAAAGGCCAGGGUGGCAGAGAAGAAUAGCAAAGGAGACAGGACUGAAGUGGUGCUUCUUGGGGGCAGGAAUAUCGGCUUGCUGGUUGGGAUUUUCACCAUGACUGCUACAUGGGUCGGAGGUGGUUUUAUCCUGGGGAUUGCUGAGGCAGUGUACAGUCCUAAAAUGGGCUUGAUAUGGUCUCUAAUGCCGAUACAAUACUCUGUGUCUUUCAUACUAGGUGGUCUUUUCUUUGCCAAGCCAAUGAGGGACAAGAAGUAUGUCACCAUGAUGGACCCAUUCCAGAUAAGGUAUGGCAGAUUACUUAGUGGUGCUCUAGUACUGCCUGCUCUGCUGGUGGAUGUGCUGUGGGUGUCCAGCACUCUGCUUGGUUUAGGAGCAACUAUGAGUGUGAUACUAGACCUCCCCUAUGUUUACUCUGUUUGGAUCUCAUCGGCUGUGGCCAUUAUCUAUACUUUGUUAGGAGGCCUCUAUUCAGUGGCCUACACUGACAUCAUCCAGCUCUCUCUGGUUUUUGUCAGUUUGUGGCUGUGCGUCCCCUUCCUCCUGGUCAACCCCACAUCAACAAACAUUUUACAGACUGCUAUCAACAACACAUUUCAAGAACCCUGGGUUGGCUCUCUGGAACACGACAAAGUCUGGAAGUGGAUUGAUGACUUCCUAUUGCUGGGUCUUGGCAGUGUUUCAUUUCAGUGCUUCCAGCAGAGGGUACUGUCUGCCUCCUCAUCACGUACGGCCCAGUUUACCUGCUAUGCUGCUGCCCUCAUCAUCGCCAUACUGGGAAUCCCCCCUGUCUUGGUUGGGGCUGUCGCUGCCUCCACAGACUGGAACCUGACACAGUAUGGCUCUCCAUCUCCAUACAUACGUGGUGAGCAAACAUUUAUCCUUCCCCUGACUCUACAAUUUCUCACUCCAUCCUACAUCUCCAUCAUUGGAAUUGGAGCUGUGGCUGCUGCGGUCAUGUCGUCAACAGACUCAGCCCUGUUAUCCGCAACUUCAGUGUUCUCAACAAACAUCUACAAGAACAUCCUGCGCCAACAGGCUUCAGACUGUGAAAUGCAAUGGGUGAUUCGGAUCACAGUGGUUGUUGUGGGUGUCGUUGGGACAUCUUUAACAUUCUUCACCAACAGCCCCCUGAUCCUCUGGAUUCUUGGAGCAGACGUUUCCUACACACUUAUAUUCCCCCAUCUGGUCUGCGUGCUCUUCUUUGAAGUGACAAAUGCUUAUGGCGCCGCAGUGGGUUAUGUUACAGGGCUGAUUGUGAGGAUUCUGGUGGGAGAGAACACUGUAGGUCUCCCUGUUGUUCUUCAUCUUCCUGGUUGCACUCUGGAAGAUGGCAUCUACGUCCAAAUGUUCCCGGUCAGAACAUUCUCCAUGCUGUGCACCCUGUUAACCAUCUUAGUCUUUUCUGUGCUUUCUUUGUUCAUGUUCAACCACAGCCUGUUGCCUGAAAGUUGGGACAUUUUUAAAGUAAAAUGUAACACUGCUGUAUCAUCAGCGGACGCUGUCACUCAGAAUCUCCAAGAAGAAGCUGGAAGUGAUGGUGAGUGUGACAACGACAGUAAUGGAGUUGCCUUACAACCAAUUUUGCAGAAUGGAACAUAACCUUUUUUUCCCCCUUUCUUAAGUUGCUGGCCAGCAUUUUAUUUUCUUAAUAACUGUAUAUUUAGAUAAAGUUAAAGUCGCUGAAGUUAGUUCCUAGUUGUUCCUCAGGUGUUGAUAAACAUUUUACAUUCUUAAAUAAGUUCCUUUUCUUUCUCUGGAUGUUGUAUUUUUUUUUGGGGGGGGAACAAGUUAUGUUUGUAAUUGUUUGUUAAUUCACAACACAGGUUAAAAACACGGUUUUCUCAAAGUGUCUACCAGCAUUCCAUGCAAUGUACUUGCAGCAAUUUUGUGAAUAAACAUAUUUUGUCCAAA